GAAGUGGAUAGUGGCUUCUGGUUCUGGUACUCCUAUGUCCUAUCUUCCUCGCACUUGGAACAAAAACCUCAUUUUUGGUACCCUUCACAUCAACUUUUGUAACUUUGUUUCCAAUUUCGUGUACCCAUGUCCUCCUCUCUCUCUUUAUCGCUCUCUGCGCCCUCCAUUCACGAUUCCUCCUUCCUCCAUGGAACCAAGCUCUUUCCCGCUUCUCGCCGAGCGGCACCGCGCUGCUUCAACUCUUCCUCUGUCAAGUGCUCCCUCGACCACAUCCCCAAACAGUUCAGGAAGGAAAAUCUCAAAGAUGGAUUGAUGGAAAACUACAAGAAUGCACCUCAAUAUCUAUAUGGCCUUUCUCCUUCACAAAUGGACAUGUUCAUGACUGAAGAUAAUCCUAUCCGCCAGCAGACUGAAAGAGUUACAGAGGAAAGCAUCUCGUCUGCCAAGAAUUAUAUGGAUCAUGGUGGAAUGUGGAGUCUAUCUACCAUGGGAAAAAAUGAUGCUUCAAAAUACAGCAUGAGUGUUAGUAUGUACCGAGGAGGAGGUAGGGGAGCUGGAAGGCCAAGAACUGCGCCACCAGAUCUGCCUUCUUUGCUCUUGGAUGCUAGAAUAUGCUAUUUGGGUAUGCCGAUUGUACCAGCCGUGACAGAACUUCUUGUUGCUCAAUUUAUGUGGUUGGAUUAUGAUAACCCUACCAAACCUAUUUACUUAUAUAUUAAUUCAUCUGGAACUCAGAAUGAGAAGAAUGAGACCGUGGGAUCAGAAACUGAGGCAUAUUCCAUAGCUGAUAUGAUGUCUUAUGUCAAAGCAGAUGUCUAUACCGUGAAUUGUGGCAUGGCAUAUGGUCAAGCAGCAAUGCUUCUGUCGCUUGGAGCAAAGGGUUAUCGUGCUGUGCAGCCAAAUUCAUCUACAAAAUUAUAUCUCCCAAAAGUCAACAGAUCAAGUGGUGCUGUUGUAGACAUGUGGAUUAAGGCAAAAGAGUUAGAGGCAAAUACCGAGUAUUACAUUGAGCUGUUAGCAAAAGGGAUAGGGAAAUCAAAGGAAGAAAUUACUAAAGAUGUCCAGAGGCCUAAAUAUUUUCAAGCACAGGAAGCUAUAGACUACGGAAUUGCUGACAAAACAAUUGAUUCAAGGGAUGUUACAUUUGAGAAACGGAAUUAUGAUGACAUGCUUGCUCAAUCAAGAGCUCAGAGGAGACAAGCCGGUGGCAAUCCUCAAGUGGCUCCUUCAGGGUUUAGGUAAAUCACACGAAACUUAAGACCACUCAUUCAGCGCCGCAUCCAAUGCAUUUAAAGUACCAAUCAGCUCGUGGGUUGAAUUUAAGUUAACGCCUAUUAUAAAGGCCAAGCAGCUAUCUUCUUAUUUCAAGACCAAGUAGAAAUUUUCUCUGGAUAGUGUAUGAAGUCUGUAUCUUUGGCUCUUGGGUUACUUGUUCAAUUUUUAUUAUACUUUGAAAUAGUUUCAACAACUUAAAAAAUGAAUCAGGAUUCAAAAGUUGUAAAUAUUGAACCGUUACCAAUGUGAUGGACUUAAUUUUAUACGCUA